UACUCAUACUGAAGACAAACUCCCACCCUCUCUCAUUCACUCACUCACUUCAGGCAAAUCCGUCCUCUCUGUCUCUACUCUCUUUCAUUCUCUCUCUCUCUCUCAAAAGGCAGAGACAGAAGUCAGAGCGUUUCACACUGACAGCCACAAAUACCCACAGCACUUAAACCAGGGAGAGGGAGAGGGAGAGAGAGAGAGAGAGAGAGAGAAACUGCAAAUUCAAACUUUACUGCAAAAGCAAAGCUUUUUGCUUGUUUCUGAGAAUUUCUCAAGGAGGAAAAGAGAUAUAUUUCAAGGAAAUAACUUUCCCCACAAAACAAGAAUACAGAAAGAGAGAGAAAAAAAUAAACAAAUAAAGGAAAGAAAGGCUGAGGGUCUGAAGGAAAGAAUCACCAGGUGACAGGAUGCCUGCACGCUUGCUGAAAGGAGUUUGUUUGGUACUUUGCUGGAUUAUAGUGAGGAGUUCCCCAACUCCAGGAUCUGAGGGGCACAGCUCAGUGAAUGACUGUCCAUCUUGUGCCCUUGCAAGAUUCCAAAAGGAUGUGCCAAGUUCUCAGAGUGACAUGGUGGAGGCAGUCAAAAAGCACAUAUUGAAUAUGUUGCACCUGAGGGACAGACCUAACAUUACACAGACAGUGCCUAAAGCAGCGCUCUUAAAUGCCAUUAAGAAACUACAUGUGGGAAAAGUGGGAGACGAUGGGCAAGUUCAAAUUGAGGAUGUCAUUGCAAGAAGAGCAGAAAUGAAUGAAAUCUCGGAGCAAACUUCAGAAAUCAUCACUUUUGCUGAAUCAGGAUCAUCCAAGAAAGUACUGCGCUUUGAAAUUUCCAAAGAAGGUAGUAACUUUUUAAUUAUUGGUGAAGCAGACCUUUGGCUGUUUCUAAAAUUGUCCAAGGCAAACCGAAGUCGCACCAAACUGACUAUACGCUUGUACCACCAGCAAAGGGGUCAGAAAGACCAACGUGGAUCUGAGAACAACAAAAGUGAACUGUUGAUUGCAGAACAAGUAGUGGAUACAAGGAAAAGUGGAUGGCAUACGUUUCCCAUAGCUGGCAGCAUCCAACGUUUACUCAAUCAUGGCAAAUCAACCAUAGAUAUCAGAGUAGCUUGUGAUCAAUGCCAGGAGGCAGGGGCUACACCUGUCUUGCUUGGAAAACGGAAGAAAAAGGAUGAUGAAGACAAAGAAGCAGGGGCAUCAGGUGCUGAGGAAGAAAAGGAGCAAUCGCAUAGGCCUUUCCUAAUGAUUGUUGCCCGGCAGACAGAUGAGCACCCGCACAAAAGAAAAAAACGUGGCUUACAGUGUGAUGGUAAACUCAGCCUUUGUUGCAAGAGGCAUUUCUAUGUCAGCUUCAAAGACAUUGGUUGGAGUGAUUGGAUCAUAGCACCUCCUGGCUACCAUGCCAAUUAUUGUGAGGGAGACUGCCCUAGCCAUAUUGCUGGAACUACUGGCUCUUCCUUGUCUUUUCACUCCACAGUUAUAAAUCAGUACAGACUGAGGGGCCAGAGUCCCUUCACCAGCAUAAAAUCCUGCUGUGUGCCCUCUAAGCUUAGAGCUAUGUCCAUGUUGUACUAUGAUGACGGUCAGAAUAUAAUUAAAAAGGAUAUUCAAAAUAUGAUUGUGGAGGAAUGUGGCUGCUCAUAAAAUUAAAAAGAGCAUUGCCAUUGUCAGCAUUGCAUUCAAACUACACUAAUCAAUAGAAGUGCAAAUUAAGUCAGUUGUGGGGGUUUGGGGGUUGAAUUUUGAUUCAUAGUAAACAGCCUGCAGCAAGUUUCUAUCCAAACAUGGACACCCCUUUUAAGCACGACUGUGGAUUUUAUUUUAAUAAAAGCACAAGAACAAAUAUAUAGCUAUUUAUACAUUUGUGUAUCUCACUGGUGCUUCAGUUGCUGCACAUGUUGGUAUACAAAUAUGUAUAAAUAGGAACACUGUAAUGAUAUCCAGAGAGUCAUGUUUGAUGCCAUGUUGUCAGUCAGCAGUUCAUAGUUUCAGAAGAGUAAAUACAAUGCGCAGGUGAUCUCACCUUCUUACUCUGCACUAUUCUUGCAAAAGUAUAAAAAAUACAGAAAAAUAAAGCAAACAAAUUUCACUACGGUGCUGAUGAUCUUAGAACUAUGCAACUUUUUGGGUUUGAAAACCGUUUACCUGAGAAUUAAAAGAGAGACUUUUUUUUAGUGGAAGCAAUGUAACUAUUUUUGUUCUUUCAUGAGAGAUACUUGAAAGGAACAUGUUGGUCCAGGUUUUGGAUCCAAACAUUUCUAUAUUUUGUUUAAAAAAGAAAAAAAGAAAAAAAAAUGUAAAUGUUUCUUUUUUUAAAAAAAUUUGCACUACAACAGUAUUUGACCGCCUAAUAUUCUUAUUUAACAAGUAUUUUCGAUAGAGGGUUUUAUGAGCUGCACUUAAAUGAGAUAUACCAGAACUGCUAAAGCACACUGCAAAAUAGCUAUUUUUAUGACUUUUUGCAUUUUUUUUUCCUGCCUUCAAUGAUACACCUACACCAAAGACAAUAGCGUGGAGACUUAACAGUUUGUCUGUGACUGACAAUCACAGGCAGAUAGGAUAGGAUAUAUUUCAAGGAUCAAGUGUAUAUAAAAAGUUAUAAAAAGCCAAAAGUGUAUAUUCUAUCUAGAUUGAUUUAUGGGCAACUGUGCUGCUUCAAAGCAUUUUUUUUUCUUUUCUAUAAGAGGAAAAAAACACUUCAGCAUCUUAUGUGUUUGGCCUUAAUUUGCCAACACACACACACACACUUAACAUGAUGCUGAAAUAAAUCGCCUUGUUUUAUGCAGUUGUUUUGAGAUAAAAUGCAAGCUUUAUCCUGUAUAGCACAUAUAUUUUUUUCUCCAAAUUAGCCAAAAUUUACGAAUUCCUUCUAUGUGUGCACAUUAUAAACGUGUGUGUGCACACUUUUAACUGUGUGCUCAAAAUAAAUCUAAAAUCUGGCAUUUACACAUAAAAAUUGUGUAUGCGCACAAGGACACAGCUUAGCGGGACCAUUGACAACACUGUAUUUUGCUGAGUUAUUAAUUAGCGGCAUAAUAAUAUCGACCACUAUUGACUACCAUUUUGCAUGGUAAUACUAUUCUUAUGGUAGUAACUAAAUUUUAUUGCAGUUGGUUCAUUUCUAACAAGUAAAAAAAAUGUAAUAGUUAAUCAAUGAAUCAUAAAUUGAGAAUACCAGCAUUUUUACUAUGGCAGCAGAGAAAUUUCAGCAAAUUAUUCUCAAGAACUUCAAGUGUUUUGUAAGUAUGUAUAUGUGUAUAAGAGAAAACAGUUUUUUUUUCUUUGUAUAAUUAUCAAAACACAUACCUGUAACUAUUAUCUAUCUAAUUUAUUCCACAGUAUUUAGCUUGCAUUUUAAAGAAAAUGGUGUAUUCAUGUAUUUGUCUUUUUUAUAGAAGUACAUUUUUUCUGACUUGUUUGCAGUUUGCAAAGAAAGGAAAAAAAUGUAGAACAUAUUGUAAUAUCUUACACUGAUGUAAAUAUAUGUUAAGUAAUUUUCAUUUGGGAAACUCCAAUGAUAAAAUACACAUGCGUAUCAUAAAGGCAGUUGGUGGAAGGAAUUAAAUACACUAUACCACAGUGUUGUGGUUGAUGUCA